AUGGUACAAAGUAAUCAAUAUCCAGAGCUUAAAGUCUACAUGAAUAAAAGAUUAUCUGUCAAGAUGAAUGGAAAAAGACAUGUUGAAGGGACAAUGAUCGGAUUUGAUCCAUUUAUGAAUAUUACAUUAGAGAAUGCUUAUGACUUGACAGGUUUUUCGAAGGGUGAGGCAAACACCAACGAAAAAACACAUCUAGGAACAGUUGUUGUUAGAGGAAAUUCAAUUGAAAUGAUGGAAUGUUUAGAUCCAGUUUACUUUAGACAAAAAUAA